AUGCUUUAUAAUUAUAUUUCACCCGCUAUUAGAUCAAGGGUUGACGGUGAUCUGUGUGCCGAGGAAAAUUUCAACCCAGAAUUUUUCGAAUUAUUCGACAGUUAUCUUCGAGUACUGUUGAAAUUCUUAAAAAAAUUGAUUGAAGGAUCCGCCAAAACUGAUAUCCAAAAGUCAAUGAAGAUACUGACUAUGCAAAGAAAGUGCUUGCAAUCUAUGGCUCAUUAUCUCGGUUACGGAGAUGACAUAAGCAGGGCCAGCUACCUGGACGUUGCAAAGAGCUCUUUAGACAGAAUGUAAGUUUUCUAUCUGAUUUUGCUGUCAUCAGUUGCGUAAAUCAGUGAAAAUUUGUUUGAUUAAUGCAAGGUUUGAGAAUUUUCAUCAGAUACGAUUUGAAGUGCCAAGUAAACACUUAGUUAAUUGUUCCCAUGUCAGAUAUUCUUCAGGAGUUUUGUUGACAAAACGUGCAAUUCAAGAUAUAUAUUACUUCAUUAAUUGUAAUUCCUUUCGAAAUUGAGUUGAUGAUGCAGUCGAAACAGUCUCUGAUGGGGGAUGUAAAAUGUUUGUCAAUCAGUGUAGCUUAAACUGAAGCUGUGAACUGUAUAUGCACAAAGGGUAUGAUAAUGAGCUCCACCUAUUCUCAUCUUAUAACUGGUUUUCAUGAAAAUAUAUAUAUUCCUGUUAUUUUAACUUUUAGACAAAAUCACAUGAACCAUGGGUCAGUGCUAAUUAUC